UGGCAAUAAUAAACCAACCACAAUGAAGAAAACCAUACUAGAAAUAGUCAAAGACUGUGACAACUUCCCCUACAACCAACCUGGCGAAACAGCCGCCUACGAACAACAGCUCUCUAAACUAUGGAAAUUCUUCCUCCCCAACGACCGCAGGCCCCACGGCUACCUCGUGGAGUCUGUCGUUGAACGCAUGCCCUGGACAGAAGAUUUCCAUGUACUUCCCGCCCCGCACAAGGAAAUCCAUCUUCUCCCACAGGACCAUGCUCGCGAGCAAGAAACCUGGACAGAGCGCUGCGAGCGCAGCCUCGAUGCCCUUAUCGCGCUCGCCAGAGCAAGAGGUGUCUUCCCCAGACUGGGCAAGCGACGGGAUGAGCGGUUUCCCAUCAUCGGGGCCCGGUUCCCGGUGAGUAUCGAGCGCUCGGCCAUAUCCCUGUUCGGGAUUGUCGGGCGCGGUGUGCACAUGACUGUGUACACAAGGACGAAGUCCGGGUUGAAGAUCUGGGUGCCGCAGCGGAAUCCGAAGAAGUCGACGUAUCCGGGGAUGCUAGAUAAUGCUAUGCCGAUGGAGUGUUUGAUUCGCGAGGCGGAGGAGGAGGCAGGGAUGGAGGAGAGCGUGGUCCGGAAGGCGCAUGCUGCCGGCACGGUGACGUGGUUCAAUAUCAGUGAUGACCGGGCAGGUGGCGAGCCAGGACUAAUGAAUCCUGGUUUGCUGUAUGUUUAUGAUCUCGAGGUUGGCCCUGAGGUAAUGCUUAAGCCAGUGGAUGAGGAGGAUGUUUGUGUGUUUCAUCUAAUGGAUAUGCGAGAGGUGCUGGAUGCGAUGGCAGAAGGGAGGUUCAAGCCCGCGAGUGCAAGUGUCAUGGUCGACUUCUUUGUCCGACACGGCCUGAUUACAGCGGAGGAUGACGAUGAUUACCCAGAGAUUGUUUCGAGGCUGCAUAGAUUGCUGCCUUUCGCUACAAGUCCUGGGGCUGGAAGGACAUGA